AUGGAGAGUGCAUCCAAUCGACUGCAAACGUCAGCCGAGAAAACUGGGCGACCCGAUACAUUUGGAACGUUAUCUNGUUAUCUACCCAUUCUUUCGCUGACCAACGAUUCCAUCCCGACAAAUUCCCUCAAGGUACCGGACAGUUUGAUGCAUCGGUUCGGAGUAGUUACUGUGACCGAUCCUACACUGGCUGUUUUGGAUUCUGGCGCAUUCCCGGAACACCAGGCGUACGGAUUUGGUCCGAUAAGUUUGAUCACUCAGCACAUGAUGGGCAAAGGCGUGUCCCGAUUGGCCGGCUUUGUUGUUCAGGUGAAAUGUUUUUUUCGAAUGAGUCACGUUCAAACUCCUUUGGCACAGACUGAUUUCCUUUUACUCAAAGCAGCUUCUAAUCGAGCAUUCAUGUUGCGUAUCAGAUUUCCGUUCCAAUGUGAUAAUGAAUUUUUCGAUACAUUUUACUUUCAAGUUUGA